UUCGUUGCCAUCGGGAAGAUAGGACCUUCACUUCCUAUUACGGGUUCCUUAUAUCUACGGCACUACAGCCCGUUUUUACUGUUUGGAUCGUGUGUGUAAAAGAACGCUCUAGUUUAUCAGUGUUUAAUUUGUUGAUAUUAUUAUCUCUCCUGCCAAAAAGAGCUGCCAUCAUAUGACAACAUUGUUGUCUGCCAUCGUAAUUGUGGUUUUGUUGUUUUUUUAUCCCAAUCAGCUUGUACUCUUAAAAACAACUGAUUUCAGAUACUCUAAGUAAAGAUUCAUUAUAAUGGCUGAAGACGCUCCUAUUUAUGGACCUUUUUUCGGUGUCAUGGGUAGUGCAGCUGCUAUGAUUUUUAGCGCCCUUGGUGCAGCAUAUGGUACGGCCAAAUCUGGUACUGGCAUCGCUGCCAUGUCUAUCAUGAGACCAGAGCUGAUUAUGAAAUCUAUAAUCCCAGUUGUUAUGGCUGGUAUUAUUGCUAUUUAUGGACUAGUAGUCGCAGUAUUAAUAGCUAAUAAUAUAAAAUCUCCUAAAGAAGGGUAUAAGUUGUACAAUGGAUUUCUUCACUUUGGUGCUGGUCUAUCUGUAGGCCUGAGUGGUUUGGCAGCAGGAUUUGCUAUUGGAAUUGUGGGAGAUGCUGGUGUUAGGGGGACUGCUCAGCAGCCUAGACUCUUUGUUGGAAUGAUUCUUAUUCUUAUUUUUGCAGAAGUGUUAGGAUUGUAUGGACUUAUUGUCGCUCUAAUACUCACUACUAAGCUUUAAUUAUUUUAGAAAUUCAAUUUAAUGUUCCCAUAUUGAUAAUCAAAAUUUUGUUCAAAAUUAGUUUUCUUUGAUCAUUUAUAUCAGGUAGGUAAAAAAGUUUCUUCCAGAUCAAAAAUAUGUUAAAAGAAGUGGACUGAAACUUGUUCAUUAUGUUUUUAUAAUUACGGAAAUUGUCCUAAAAGCUUUUUUUAUUAUAUGAAAUAAUACAGUUUUGCUAAUAUGUGAUUAAUUAAAAUUGUGCUAAGAUAAGUUUGUUUGUAAAAUUGUUGCGCUAAGAUAAGUUUUGUUCAAUAUUAGCUGAUACCUAAUGAUCAUAAUAAAUUUUAAUAUGAAGAAAAGCCAUAGUUUCUUAAAAAUAAAUAGCAUUAGUGAACUUAUUUUAUAAGUUAAAAUAUAAAUCACAUAAAAGAAGAAAUAAUAAUUCAACAUACUUAAUAGUCUUUUUGUGCAACUUCAUAACUCAUGUUAGUCAGAUUUUAAGAGUUCAAAGUGUAGCCUUGUUUUCAAUAGCGUAGAUCUGUUAUUGAGCUUAAUUUUUUUACAUUUAUAUACAAAUAUGACAUUUAUCUAACAUAUUUUAUUGUAUUUGGGUGUAUAAGCAGACUGCAGUUUUUAUCUGUGUUGUUACUAAGACAUAUACUUAAGAUUUAUGCUUUGUGUUCUUGUAUAACAAUUGUGAUCUAAUAUUAUAAUGAAUGAAAAUAAAAGGCAAAACUAUGAAAAAAAGUUGAGCAUUUUAGUAUGGGAGGGUCUUGUACAUUAGGAAUUUUUUUUUCUCUCUCUCACACAAAUUAUUGAAGAUAGGCGAUAUAAUAUAUUGUAAAUAUAGUAUAUAUAAAAAAAGCAUUAUUUUAAAUUUGUAGCUGUAGUGUAUCUACCACUACAAAAUUACAAUUUCAAUUCACUAGUAUAUAAGACAUGUUAACUCGUUUCUAUGUCCGGGUACCUUUUCAUAGAAUAAGGUUGACAUUGUCAAUAACUACGAUCCCCACAGUAGCCAAUUGAGUAAAUUUUUAAGUUAGGUCAGAAUGUGACCAUUCUUGCUACUGUUAUAUAUUUAAAGCUUUAAGUUAAUUGAUUUUUUUUCCUCAUUUUCAUUGGCUUCAUAUUUAAAAAAAAAUGGUAUCAAAAUAUGGGGUAUACUGGAAGAAACUUUUUCACAAGCGUAAUAUUUUGUACUUUCUUGCAUAUCUUGAAAAAUGGGUGUUAUUUCAGAUCAAGUACACUAAGGUAUUUCUUUCUGAACUUAUUAUGGAUAGUAAUAAAUGUGUUGUUCAGUUGCAAAACUGGCUUUCUCCAAUUCAUAAAAUUUUCAGGGAAAGCUCAUUUUCUGUAACACUUAAGCAAAAUGAGAUGGUUCCCAAACUCUUUGGUUUAACACUAGUCAUAGCAACACUUAAUCUAUACCUAUUUCUACCAUAGCUGGUCAAAUAACUGGACUUUUUGUUUCUUGAUUGAAUGAGGAAAUAUGGAUGUUAGGAAGGAAGCAAACUAAAAAAACUCUAUUAUAAUUAACAAAAUUGUGUAUUGCCAAUUUUUAUGUAUUACAAACACAAAAAAUAAGAAUUUUUAGUUCAUUGCUCAAUGCAUUUUUUACAUACACGGUUUCCGUUGUACAUUUUCCACAAACAUAUUUCUUUUAAUUAUUAUUAUUUUUAUAAUUCUUAUAAUUAUAAGAAUAUGUAAGAAUUAUAAUUAUUAUUCUUAUUAUUAUUUCUUCUAAGAACUUGAGCUGUCUUGAUUGUUUCUCAAUUUUUCUUGGUAAAAACUAACAGUUAGUUAAAAAUGAAGUAAAGCGAUCAAAAUAAAAUAUAACCUACUUACCAAAACAUAUAGUUUUUGUCAAUUUUCUUACACAAAAAUACCAAUCUAAAAUGUAGGUACUUUCUUGAAAUUUGAAUUCACAGUUAUUCUGAUUGAACUAACUAUGCGACAGUCUUUGCAGAAAUGUGCAACUAAUCUAAUGCAAUACAUUGAGCAUGCAUUUCAUCAAAAUUUCUGAUCCGAUAACCUUAUAAAGCAAUAAAUUGUUCUUCCAGUCAAAUAACCGGUUGUGGUAGAAAUAGGUAUACGACUAGUAUUAUUCAAAAAAAAAAAAAAAAUUAUUUAAAAAUAAUAAUAGAAUAACUGUAUAAAAUUGUUAGAAAAGUCAUGAAGUCAAAUGUGCAAAACCGAUAAGAUAAGUAAAUUUUCAAUGCAAAAGUUCUUAAAUGGUCAUUUGACCGGUUGUGGUAUGUUUAGUGCAAAGAGGCAAUAAGACAGUGUGUUUUAAAAACUCAAUAUAAAUAGGAAGAAUUUUAUUCAAUUUUUUAAUUUUUAAUUUGAUGGGUUUCACUACUUUUUAAGUUGGCAGUUUUGCUACAAAACAAACUUAAAUUUCAUGAAAUUUAAUGGAAAUACUGGAUUUUUUUUAAAUUGCAAAUCGACAAAAAUGUUUAGUUCGACUAAAUUGUAUUGACCAAAAAUUAAAAUUGUUUAAACAAUUUUUUUUAUUACUUUUAUGUUAGAAAUCUAGAACUUUAGAUCAAUGACUAAUAAAAAAUAAUUUUUGAAAUCACAGAAUAAUUAAGAACUGGCUUGAAAAUCAUACAACUCAUGAUAUAAAAUGAAGUGACUCAUAAGUUAUAAAAUGUUAUGAUUUAAAAAAAAUCAGACUCUUGUGAUGAUUUAAUUUUUAAAAUAACAUAACAUAAAAGCAUAACAUAACAUUACAUAAUAUAAUACCGUGUAACUAAAAUAUCAGCUGGUUAUGAGCAAAUAAUAUUAUGAUGUUUUCAAAUAAUAUCCAACUAAUAACCCCUGAAAUUUUGAUUUAAAUGAAAAUUUAGACCCAAAACUAAAAGAAAACAAGGUCAACUGCUCACAUAUUUUUUUUUAAUCUUCUAGGAUAACUUUUCUCGAUUUAAUAGAGGGCACUGCCUCUACAAAAAUUCUUCAUAGAAGAAAUAAAAUAAAUAAAUAACAGGAAACUUAAUUAGAAACAUAUAUUUGCAGUCACAGGCAAAGCCUCUACAAAAAUUCUUCAUAGAAGAAAUAAAAUAAAUAACAGGAAACUUAAUUAGAAACAUAUAUUUGCAGUCACAGGCAAAGACACAAAAACCCUAAACAAGGAAUAACUGAACUCUGGACCAAAAGUGACACUUGGCUAAUAUUUCAACUCACCAUUUGUAGGAUUUGGCCAGUUUUGCACUAACGUGCAAUUUCCUAUCGCAUUUAUAAUGUGGAUUUGAUUAAAUUCUCCGUGGUUUUCUAUAUUUGAUGGAAAAGUUUACUCAGAACUUAAAAACUAGAAAGGAAAAAAAAUUUGAAGAUAUAGCUGGUUUUGCAACUGAGCAACACAUAAUCAAUUUAUGUUUUUCUACUUUACAACUGGAAUAAAGUUUAAAAGUUAAACUAUUGUUUAUUAAACAUUAACAGUGUUGUCUUUAUUGUUAAAAUAUCCUAUUGUCCUAAAAUGCCUGUUAAAGUUUUUUAUGUAAAAUUUUUUUAUCGAAAAUCUAAUUAUUUUUGCUUUCUUAAGUGUUAACAAUGUGACGGAAUAUACUGUUUAAAAUAUGUUUUUAAUAAAAUAAAAAAUUUAUGAAACUUUUUGUCAACAUGCUUAAUUAUAUAUAUACUAAUAAUAACAGCAAUAAUAAUAAUAAAAUUGGCAUUCUAGAAGAUUUGUAAAUCAUUUUGAAUUAUGAAGUACAUGAUUACAUCUUAUUGUUUCACUGUUUCAUUUAAUCAUAUCUCAAUUAUAUUUAUAUCUCAAAUUAUAUUCAUCAUUCCCUUAGGUUAAAAAAAAAGAAAAAAAAUUUUACAUUUAUUUUGUUUUCGUUUGUAAUUAAAAGGCUACUUUUGAUAUCUUAUUUUUAAAUCUGUAUACACAACUAAACUUUUAAAAAAUAUUUUGUUGAUAAUUUAGAAUGUUAUUAUAUUCGUUUAUUCAUUGUUAUUUUAUUAAAUCUAUAUUCUAUACGAGAAUUAUUCUAUAUUCUUUUAUUAAUUAUAGAUUAUAGAAACAUGUGUGUUUGUCUCUUCUCUACUAAUUUCUAAAAUGAAUACUGAUGAUAUGUCUGACCAUUAUUACUACCUUUGCUAAAAUGUUAUUUAUUAAUCUGAAGAUACAGUAGAGAACCAUUUAUCCGGUAUCCAGAUAACCGGAAAAAUUUUUGAUCGGUUUUCCCGCCAUUUUAAACUAGAACGAUUAUGAAAAAAAGCGGAAAUUGAACUCAUCCUUGAAGUUGCGUAGAGGAAAAUGUAGGGAAGGGGAGAAUUUUUUUCCCUGUUUACCCAGAGAAACGUCAUUUGCUCUGUGACCUUGAAGGCAGGGAAGGGAGGAAUGUUUUAUUUUCUCCUUCAGGCCGUCAAUCAAGCUCAAGGGUGUGGCAUGCUGAUUUAGUUUUCUGUUAGAUUUAAGUGGGUGGUGGGGAAAAUGCAUUGCAUGCAUAUCAGUGAAUAGAAGAUGAAAGAGAAAAAUAUAAGGUAGAGUCCCGAUUAUCCGAGUUAAUGGGGACCGCAACAAACUCGGAUAACUGAAAAACUCGGUUAAAGCGAAGAGUAUAAAAA